CAGACGUUUCCAAGCACGAGCAGGGAAAUUACUCGUGCUCCGUCGACGAUACGCGCAUGCUGCAAGCGAAAAUUACCGUGGCUUUGCAGACUAGGGUCGGAAUCGAAGCUCUUCUGCGGCACUUGGGAUACUUGGGAUUCAUCUUUUUGUUCACGCUGGCGUGUUAUUGCUACGGAGUUGUCAGGGCUUGCAAGAAUCGCAGAAAGUUCAGGAUUCAGACUUACGAUCAGUUAAUGGAGGAAAAGGAGCUGUUGAACGUGACGCAUUGACUUUGAGAUAAGAUCGAUUUUGUAUUAUCGAAUGUCGAUGAAUAGUAAAGAAUUAGAAAAAUGAAUGAAAUUUCGUCAACAUAAGAGCGCACUCGUCAAGUAACAUAGAAAAUGACUUGGCAAUCCAUUAGCCGCGCAUUUCUUUUGAAACAAAUGAUAUGAUUGGGUGUUUAGCAACGAUUUCUAUCAACGUCAUUAUUAAACAAUCGCAACAACUCCGACUUUGCGCAACACCGAGCGUCUAUACGACAUAUACAAAAAAAGACCUCCCAGUAGAAAGUCCUUUCCGAGCGCAUAAUUAUUUCAAUCGAUCAACAACAACGAUACAAUUUUCAAGCAACUCGCGCAUCCGCAUUUUCCCGCAUCGGCCCAUUGCAAAAUCAACCAUCCACACGUCGCAUACCUGUGCGCGCAUACCCACCGGGGAUAUAUAUCAUUGCAGCGUAGGAUCGGUAGGGGCACAUAGUCGCUCGCGCGCGACUCGGCCUCCAAAGAAAAGAGGCUCGACUGACUCGCCUCGAAGUGAAAGGUGAGAGAGACAGCGCCGAGUGGAGAGCAACGUGUCCGGAUUCUCCUGACUCAAGUCCACCGGGCAGACGAACUCUCAGUGACGCGUUUCAAAAUGGCUGUGAGCCUCAGUAUGUUUAUACGAUUCUGAGGAUCUGUUGUUGUUUGGUGUUUUCUGGAAAAGUUGUUUGUCGCGAGUUUUACACAAGGAGCCAUGAGGAGAGUGUGCGGACUGUUCGCCGUAAUGGCGCUCGCGCUUCUGCUGGAUAGGCCGCGCGGUACCGAAGGUAUCUUAAAAAACUGCUACGUCUGCAGGUCAAGAGGCGACCUAGGCACCUGCAAGGAUCCCUUUCCCCGGGAUUUGAACGCGACACAAGCAUCCAAGCUCAAGGGAGUCGAGAUCGUGCCAUGUGCCUCGGGCUGGUGCUCGAAAAUCAUAGAAAGUCAAAACCUUAACAAUGAGUACGGCGUAGCAACGGAGCGGUUGUGCCUACAGCGCGGAGUAGACGACAACGAGGAGCGAUGCGCCUUUACCAAAUACAACAACAAGAUCAUCUACAUGUGCUUCUGCAACGGAGAUCUUUGUAACUCGGCGACGAGAAGUGCGAUGCUCCCGACUCUCUAUCUGGCUGCGGUUGUAGCUGCGCUCGCGAGGUGGCUGCACUGAAUACUUAUUUUACGGUGGAAAAUUAUUGCUUCAAUUGAAAUUUCGUUCGAGUGGACCUGUAACUGUUGUUUUCUUUUUUUUUUCGGAGAUGCUCCGUAAAUAAUUCAUAUCGAGAACUAGUUCGCGUAUGAAAUUCUACGUGCAAUUUAAAUGAAUUAAUCUUACGAAUUGUGUCAACGAUGCUCCACGGCCUAAUGGAGGCUGGUUUAAUGAUGCGCCUUUCGUAAUCUUGAUAAUUCAUUCCGGCUUGAUGAGUUUUCAUACUUACUCGAGUUGUAUUUUUAUUUGAAUUCAUACAAACCUGUAUUGUUAGCUAUUAUUGAAGUUACCUUUAUUGUCUUUUUUACUACUGCUUUGAUCAAACGUGAACUACGAACUACUACACUUUGUUAAUUGCGUCAAUGUAAAUAUUAUGCAAUGUGACUAGCAUGCAAAAUUUCGUACUUUUAUUACAUAAAUAUCUACAUGUAGCAGUGAAAUUUGUAUUAGGAAUUUUUAAUUAUUAGCAAGUAAUGCGUAUGGUAGUGAACAUUUUAAUCUAUACUACGUCGUUAUUUUUUUACACGAAAAUGUUUACACAAGCUCACUUGAGUUUUUAUUACAUUACAGCUAAUUGGUGUACAUGAGUAAUUCGAACUAUAGGUAUAAUAAAAACCACGAGUUAAAACAAA